AAAUGGUAGCUUUAGAAUAAAAUGUGGUGGGGAUUGCACCUCUAUUUAAGCCGGCUCUCCGGACGCUAUUCCAUCAAUCGCUCAGUAGCUUCGCUGAAUUUUCGACGGAACAAAUAGUGCUCUGAAAAACAAUGUGUAGUACCAGUGCCGUGGGCUAUUACGUUCCAAUCAGGCAAGAUGAUGGCGUAUCUCCAUGCAAGGAGAAUACAUUUAACAGGCCACGCCAACCAUCGCGUGUCAUGGUCAGAAGAUACGCAUUAACAUCCACGGGCUGCAAAUAUUUGGAAAUUGGAAUCAGCGUAGGACCUACAGCCGAUGUAGAAAUUCUUCUCGGUGAUAAUCGUGGGAAUCAUCUUAGAAUACCAUGGCAUACAUGGAACUCACUAUUCGACUGCUGUACAACCAUCGAAGAACGUGCACAAUUGCCUGGAUCAUCAUUGAUGCAGAUUAAUGAAUUAACGGUGGAAUUUUGUCGGAUGUUUGAUUCGUCGAUUGUAAAGAUGACAAUUGAUAAUAAGUCGCUGUAUUUCAAACCGAAUACAGUAGCAUUUUUAUUUAAUCUUGAGCCAUGUGUAAGCUAUGUAUAUCCGCGGCUCUAUCAAACUGUAGAAGAUGUGAGGAAAAAAUUUAUAACUUUUGUUAGCGUGUUGCAACAGAGCAAUGCUGUCAUCGAAACAUUAGAUACGCGUAGUGCUGCUAAAAUCAUACGUGACAGCGAAUAUUACUGCAGGGAUUAUCUUGUAGAUUGCGAACUGUUAGCAUGCGCCAUCAAUGAUAUUGUAAUUGAAGCUCGUAAGAAAAAACGUAACAAUAUAUUACCGAAACAUUAGAUACGCGUAGUGCUGCUAAAAUCAUACGCGACAGUGAAUAUUACUCCAAGGAUUAUCUUGUAGAUUGUGAACUGUUAGGAUGUGCCAUCAAUGAUAUUGUAGUUGAUGCUCGCAUAAAAAAAUGUAACAAUAUAGUGUCAUUUAAAACAUA